AUGGCUCUAUCACUAGCUCCCGUCACAUUCGAGCACCAUCGUCCAGCGCUUGGAAUCGCAGAGACCAAGCCUCGCAUUUCGUAUCGCUUUGAAGGAACUGCCGUCGACUGGGAACAAUCCGAAGUUGAUAUCGAGAUCACCCAAGAUGGUGUGCCGAAAGUCUACAAUGUCAAGACACCGGAGUCGGUCCUGAUCUCGUGGCCAGGCCCCGAGCUCAAGAGCAAGGACGCCGCUACUGUGAGAGCUCGCGCGCUUGGUUCGAACAAUCAGUCAUGGUCAGACUGGUCGCAGCCUUCUACGGUCGAAACGGGAUUACUGACAGCGGACGAUUGGCAAGGUGCCUUUCCGAUUGCUGCUGAUCGUGCUACGGAGACGAACGCUACGAAACGCCCCGUUCUGUUCCGGAAGGACUUCAGUGUUAAUUACACCGUUGCGAAGGCAAGGCUUUACAUUACUGCUCUGGGCUUGUAUGUCGCAGAGAUUAAUGGCAAGCGCGUCGGCGACCACGUGCUCGCACCUGGAUGGCAGUCUUACAGCUACCGGCAUGUUUACGACACUUACGAUGUUACCGAUCUGCUGAGGGAAGGCGAGAACACUAUUGGCGCGACGGUUGGCGAGGGAUGGUUCGCCGGCCGGAUCGGGUUCAAUACGCAGAUACCUCGCAAUCUUUGGGGCGACACUCUGGGGCUGCUCGCCUUGCUCUCUGUUACGGAUGAGUCCGGGAAGGAGCAAACGAUCAAGAGCGACCUCACCUGGAGUGCCUCUACGGGUCCGAUCGUGUCUUCGGAGAUUUACGACGGCGAGGUGUACAAUUCUGCUGCGGAAGUCAAAGGAUGGUCCACUUCGAGCUUUGAUGACAGCGACUGGUUAGCCGUCAAGCAAUUGCCGCUACCAGCGGGUGCCUUAGUUCCGUCUGAUGGUGCACCCAUCAAGCCAGUUGAACAAUUGGAGCCUGUCUCUGUGUUCCAGUCCAAGUCUGGAAAGACUAUCAUUGAUUUUGGCCAGAAUCUGGUAGGCUGGCUCAAAGUUACUGUCUCCGGUCCUUCUGGUUCGAACAUUACAUUUCAGCACGUAGAAGUCAUGAACGAUGGCGAGAUCGACACCGUGCCGCUGCGAAGCGCGAAACAGCGCGAUACGUUGAUCCUCUCUGGCAAUGGCACACAGACGUGGGAACCUUCCUUUACCUACCACGGUUUCCGAUACGUCCAGGUGGAUGGCUGGCCCAGCGCAACUCCGCUAGAUGGCAAUUCAGUUGUUGCCCAGGUCGUGCACAGUGAUAUGGAGCGCACUGGGUACUUUGAAAGCUCGCAUGCGCUGCUGAACAGGUUCCAUGAGAACGUCGUCUGGUCUCUGAGGGGCAACUUCCUCGGCGUCCCAACAGACUGCCCUCAGCGAGACGAGCGCCUUGGAUGGACAGGGGAUGCGCACGCAUUCAUGCCAACUGCUAAUUAUCUUUACGAUGCAUCUGGCUUCUGGCGCGGCUGGCUCAAGGAUGCCUGGUCCGAGCAGAAGCGCGGAGAUUAUAUGGUCCCUCCAAUAUACAUUCCGACGGACGAUGUCAACGAUGAUCAGCGCACGCGCGCGCGCAUGCCUGUUUCUGUUUGGGGCGAUGUGGUGGUAGGACACCCAUACCAAUUGUACCAGAACUUCGCGGAUAAAGAUAUGCUCGAAGAACAGUAUGACGCUGCGAAGGCUUGGAUCGACAAAGGAAUCCCACGCAACGAAGUGGGCCUGUGGGACAGAUCAACGUUCCAGUUUGCAGAUUGGCUCGAUCCAAAGGCUCCAGCGGAAGACCCUGGAGCUGCGACCACAGAUAAACACCUUGUUUCGGAUGCAUAUCUCAUUGAGAUGACCCGCCUCUUAUCGAACAUGAGCGCAAUUCUGGGCGAAGACGACCUUGCCGCGCAAUAUGCGACUCAACGCGGAGAUUUGAUCGAAGGGUUCCACAAAGCAUGGAUCGAACCGUACCCCGUCAUUGCGAACGUCACUCAGACAGCGCUCGCUCUGGGUAUAGCUUUUGACAUCUGGGCCCCCAACACUGCUGCUCGCACGGCAGCUGCCGACGCACUUCGCGAAGUCAUCAAGAACAACACUUACCUCGUAGGAACCGGCUUCGCCGGUACUCAGCAGCUUGGUAACGCACUCACCUCCAUCAACGCUACCUCCGAUUUCUACAAGAUGUUGGAACAGACAGAAGUUCCUUCGUGGCUUUACGCCGUCACAAUGAACGGCACCACUACCUGGGAGCGCUGGGACAGCAUGCUGCCGAAUGGAUCCAUCAACACAGGUACAAUGACGAGUUUCAACCACUAUUCGUUUGGCAGCGUUGCAGACUGGAUCCAUAAGAAGAUCGGAGGCAUAGCCCCGGGUUCACCUGGUUGGAAGACUAUUGUGGUUGCCCCAGAGCCAGGAGGUGAUAUCACCAGUGCCAACGCGCAUAUCCUGAGCCCGUACGGUGCCGUGAAUUCGAGCUGGACGGUCGAGGCUGAUGGCUUCCAUUUGAGCGUUACUGUUCCACCCAACAGUAAGGCUGAGGUGACUCUCCCGGGUUCGGGACAGACGACCACUAUAGGCAGUGGAACGAAGACGUUCUUCGUUGAAGGUUACAAGACACCGCAGUAA